CAGCAUCAGCAGGUUGCUCUCUAACAGCAGAAAUGGGGAACAGCCUCCGUGCCUGCGAUCGCCCCAAAAACACUAAUAUGAAAUGGAGUUUACCCACCGUCUGUUUGAUCUGGCAGCUGGCUAUGAUCGUACUUUUUGGGGUUUUUGUGCGGUAUAAUGAGGAGUCAGACACACACUGGGUUGAAUUCAAAAAGCAUAAUAAUGUAACAAGUGAUAUUGAGAAUGACUACUACUUCAGAUAUCCCAGUUUUCAAGACGUCCACGUCAUGAUCUUCGUGGGCUUCGGGUUUCUCAUGACCUUCUUGAAGAAGUACGGAUUCGGAGCGGUGGGAUUCAACUUCCUGAUUGCGGCUUUCGGCAUCCAGUGGGCUCUUCUGAUGCAGGGCUGGUUUCAUUCCCUGGAUUACACAGAUGGAAAGAUCAAGAUCGGCAUAGAAAACCUGAUCAAUGCAGAUUUCUGUGUGGCGGGUUGUCUGAUAGCGUACGGUGCCGUGUUGGGGAAGGUCAGCCCUGUUCAGCUGCUGGUGAUGACUUUGUUUGGCGUCACGCUGUUUGCUGUUGAAGAGUUCAUCAUUCUCAAUAUUAUCCAUGCUAAAGAUGCUGGUGGCUCUAUGGUGAUCCACACGUUUGGUGCUUAUUACGGUCUGUCCAUAUCGUGGGUUCUGUAUCGGCCGAACUUGGAUAAGAGCAAACUCCUGAACGGAUCGGUUUACCACUCGGACAUGUUUGCCAUGAUUGGCACUCUGUUCCUCUGGAUGUUCUGGCCCAGUUUCAACUCCGCCAUCGCUGAUCAUGGAGACGGUCAGCACAGAGCGGCCAUCAACACUUACCUGGCUCUGGCCUCCACCGUCCUGACCGCGAUGGCCAUGUCCAGCCUGUUCGAGAAACAUGGAAAGCUAGACAUGGUUCACAUCCAGAAUUCGACAUUGGCUGGAGGAGUUGCUGUAGGAACAGCUGCUGAAUUUAUGUUGUCUCCGUAUGGUGCUUUGAUCGUGGGCUUCUUCUGUGGGAUUAUAUCAACACUGGGCUAUAUUUUCAUCUCUCCAUUCCUGGAGGAGAAACUGAAGAUUCAAGACACCUGUGGCAUUCAUAACCUGCACGCCAUGCCAGGGGUCAUCGGAGGAAUCGUGGGCGCCAUCUCGGCCGCAGCUGCUAGCGAGACGGUUUAUGGGCCGUUAGGGUUGACAAAUACAUUUGAUUUCGUGGGGAAGUUUGCUAAGCGAGUUCCAACAGCUCAAGGAGGAUUCCAGGCAGCCGGACUUUGUGUGGCCUUAUGUUUCGGAAUAGGAGGUGGCAUUUUCGUUGGCUGUAUCCUGAAGUUGCCGAUCUGGGGCGAUCCGGCAGAUGACAACUGCUUUGAUGAUGAGUGCUAUUGGGAGGUACCUGAGGAUGAAGAAAGUGUUCCUCCUAUCUUGGCUUACACCAAUCACAUGAUCCCCAACAAUCAUGCAGAUGUGACAGAGACGAAUUUCGUGGAGCAGCGCUAACACGAUGCAGCACGCGUGCAGUGAUGAUGUGACCUCUGUCAGGAUUUCCUCCUGCUUUUCUCUGUUAACCUCAACAUUCAGCCAAAAACGCAAAAUUAAACAGACAUUUCUUUUGGCACAAGACGUGUAAAUGCAUUUUAAUGAACUGAUGAUUUAUGGUGUCAUAUAAAGAUGUAUAUAUACAUUGUCUUAAAAUGUUUGUUUUUCACACAUAUUAUCAAUCAGUCAAAUUUAUGUCGAAAAUUAAUUUAUUUCUAUUUUAAAAACGUUGAUAAAUUUUCCUGUUAAUGUGGUCAGAGAAACUGUACCAAAAACCAGACAACCUCUAAACUACCAAGCAGUUACAUAUUUAAUAUGUCUAGCCUAUAGAAAUAAAUUACAUUUACAUGUGUUAAGAUUUUCUUGUUCAAACAUUACUGAUCAUUGUGUAAUUGUUUUAUAAAAUUUGAUGUAGUCUUUAUCUUGCAUCACAUUGUGUUCACCUUUAAAACAAAUAAUAUUUCAACAACAGCAAAAUACUUAAAUGUUUCUGUAAGCUUACAUUUAUUUUCCAGAAUGUUUCUAGCAUGUAUGCAUUUAUUUCAGAAGUAAAUGUCAUAUUUUCUUAAUGUUUUACCUUUAAAUUUUACUGAACAACAAUGUGCAAUCUGUAUGUAAAUAUUUUUUCUUUUCUUAAAUGUUGUACCAUAUGUGUU